CGCGCUCGGCCGGGGACUGCGGGGUCGCAUGGAGCCGGCGGGGCUCGGCCUCGUCUUCCUCCUGGCGCUGGGGCCCAGCGCCGCCUGCAGGAGCGGUGGGUGCUGCUACGAGGAGCUGCCAUACCCCGACGCUGACACAGACUCCUCGGGCCCCAGGGACCUGAGCUGCUACCGCGUCCCUGGCGCGGGUUACGAGUGCACCUGGCGCUACGCGGGGCCGGCGGGGGCGCAGCACUACCUGCGGAGCUGCCUCCGGCGCUGCUGCUACUUCGCCGUGGGCUCGUCCACGCGCGUGCAGUUCUCGGACCAGGACGGGGUGCGCGUGCUCGACGCCGUCUCGCUCUGGGUGGAGACGCGGGUGGCCAACUGCACGGAGAGGUCGGCGCGCGUGACGCUGCGGCUUCACGGCUGGGUCAGGUACGACCCCCCUCGGGGAGACCCCCGACUGCUGAGGGCCUCGGGGCGCCUGCGCAUGGAGUGGUCGGCAGCCGACCCCGAGCCCGCGGAGCUGCAGUUCCGCCGCCGGACCCCGGGCAGCCCCUGGGAGGUGGGCGACUGCGGGCCCGCAGCAGGACGCCGACUUCGCCCGGGCCUGACCGCGCUGCCGCCCCCAGAGUCCUGCGAGUGCCCCCUGGAGGCGGCCGCGGCCCAGGAGGUGCAGGUGCGGCGCCGGCGUCUGCGGUCGGGGGCCCCGGACGGCCCCUGGAGCAGCUGGAGUGACCCCGUGUGCGUACCGCCAGAGGAGCUGCCCAAGCCCGCGAUUUGGCCGAGCGUGGAGCCGCUGGGCCCGGACGGGAGGAGGCGGCUGAGCCUGCAGGGGGAGCCGCCCCCGCUAGAGCUCCCGGCCGGCUGCCGCGGGCCCGCCCCUGUCUCCUACGUGGUCCGGCUCCGCAUGCUGUCCUGCCCGUGCCAGCCGAGAGCCGCCCGGACCCUGCGCCUGGACCGGAGGCCGCUGCUCUCGGCUGCCGCCUACAACCUCACGCUCGUGGCCCAGCACCGCCUGGGCACGCUCCCCGGCCAGAGCUGGCACAUCCCAGCGGACACGCGCACGGGCCCGCAGAAUGUCAGCGUGGACGCCCAUGGAACCACGCUGCGCUGGGCGGCCGGCGCCCCCGGCACCACCUACUGCAUCGAGUGGCGGCCGCUCCCGGACUCCAGCGCGGCUGGCUGCAGGCUGUGGGCUGAGAGCGCGGGCACAGCGGUCCACAGCUGGAGCCCGGGAGCCGGGGAUCUGGGGCAGGAGCAGUGCUACCGCGUGACCGUCCUGGCGUCCGUGCGGCCCCAGAAGCCCACCGCAUGGUCCACGGUGCUGGCCACGCACGUCUUUGGGGGCAACGCCUCCCGCGCGGGGACCCCGGCCCGCGUCUCCCUGCGGACCCUGGGCGGCGGCGCGGUCACUGUGCACUGGGCCCCAUCGGUGCUGGGCGGCUGCCCCGGCGUCCUGGAGCGCUACGUGGUGCGCCUGCGCGAGGACGGCGGCCGCGAGUGGGAGCUGCCCCAGGACCCCGCCCUGACUGAGCUCACACUCCGCGGCCUGCCGGCCGGCGCCUACACAGUGCAGGUGCGGGCGGACACCGCCUGGCUGCGGGGUGCCUGGACACAGCCCCAGCGCUUCCGCCUCGCCCAGCCACGCCCUGCACCUGUCCCCGUCCUCGCCGCCCUGGGCGGCUUCCUGGGCGUCGUGGUCCUGGGUGUCCUCGGGCUCCGCGGCCUGAGCAGGGCCUCCCGUCUCCUGUGCCCCCCACUGCCCACGCCCCGCGCCAGCUCCGCCGCGCAGCUCCCCAGCGCCCUCGGGCAGCAGACUUGGCUGUGGAGCAGCCCGGCGGACUUCCCAGAAGAGGUGUACCCACAGCAGGCCCUGGUGGUCGAGAUGGCUCGGGACGAGAGCGAGGGGCUGGAGCUGCCCGGUGGAGACGCCGAGCCGACCCUGGACACGCGCGGCCGCCACGAGGCUGGGGUCGCGGGGCCGCCGGCCUGCAGGACACUGCCAACGGCAACCCCGGCCGGGUUUUGAGCACCUGCUGUGUACCCAGCCCGUCCUCAGCAGGUGCAGGGCUCGGUUUUCACGGCCGGGCCCCAGUGCCCCCCCAGCCCCUCUUCCUGGGGCCCUGACCACCGCUUUCCGGUGGGAACCCUGGAGACCGCUGGGAAGCGGUAGCUGCGCCUGGUGGGCAGCCCUGGCCUCGGCCUGUUUGGGGCGGGGGAGCUGGGAGUGGAGGCUGCAGGGGCUUCUGGGGAACUCAGUUUGCCGGCCCAUGAAAUGCGCCUGGUGGGGAGGGGUCUCAGCCUUUAAUAAA